GAAGCGGCCAGUAGGAGCGCUGGUGUACGACGCCCAACGGCUAACGCCCACCCCAAUCCAAUUAGCCCCACCUCUGCUCCGCGGCACCUCGAAUGGAAGCACUCGCUGUAGGAUCCGCUCCUCCCCGGCCGGGCCUCGCUGCCCCGACCCGCUACCCCCACCUCCGCCGCCCGAGAACCCUCGCCGCCGCGCGCUGCCGCCCACUCGCCGCGGCCCCCAUGGAGGCCGACGGAGGCGGUCGCCCGAGCCCCGCCCCGGCCCGCUGCGCCAGCGCCGAGACGGAGUCGGAGGUGGAUGAGGCCGCGACGAGCUCGCCCGCCGCGGAGGCCGCGGCGGCGGGCGCCACGGAGCAAGGGGGCAACGGGAGCCCCGUAGCCUCCAUCGAGGGCGUCGACGGGAUAAGGAUCCGGCGGCGGCCCGUGACGGGGCCGGCGGUGCACUACGUGGGCCCGUUCCAGUUCCGCCUCGAGAACGAGGGGAACACGCCGCGGAACAUCCUCGAGAAGAUCGUCUGGGACAAGGACGUCGAGGUUUCGCAGAUGAAGGAGAGGCGGCCCCUGUACAUGCUGAAGGGGGCGCUGGAGGCUGCUCCUCCGGCGAGGGACUUCGUUGGGGCGCUCAAGGCGUCGUAUGAUCGGACUGGCUUGCCUGCUCUGAUUGCGGAGGUCAAGAAGGCUUCACCGAGCCGGGGUGUUCUCAGGGAGGAUUUUGAUCCGGUUCAGAUCGCUCAGGCAUAUGAGAAAAAUGGAGCAGCAUGUCUAAGUGUUCUUACAGAUGAAAAAUAUUUUCAGGUUAUUAACUUCUUCACCUUCAGAAAUUUUGUCUCAUUUCUGUCAUCCAUUGUUCUUACAGAUGAAAAAUAUUUUCAGGGAAGUUUUAACUACUUGGAGGCUAUACGCAAUGCUGGAGUCCAGUGCCCUCUUCUGUGCAAAGAGUUCAUAGUUGAUGCUUGGCAACUUUACUAUGCACGGUCCAAGGGUGCAGAUGCUGUUCUUCUAAUUGCUGCUGUAUUACCUGACCGUGAUAUCAACUACAUGUUGAAAAUUUGCAAAAUACUAGGGAUGGCUGCUUUAGUUGAGGUUCAUGAUGAAAGGGAAAUGAACCGUGUUUUAGGAAUCAAUGGUGUACAGCUCAUUGGCAUCAAUAACCGCAAUCUUGAGACAUUUGAAGUUGAUAUUUCAAACACAAAAAAACUUCUGGAAGGUGAACGAGGACAGCUGAUAGCUCAGAAGGAUGUAAUUGUUGUAGGAGAAUCUGGUCUGUUCACUCCUGAUCACAUUUCAUUCGUUCAAAACGCCGGGGUCAAAGCAGUUCUCGUUGGGGAGUCUCUCAUCAAGCAGGAGGAUCCAGGGAAAGCAAUCGCUGGGCUUUUCGGCAAAGAUAUUUCGCACGCGGUUGCUUCCUGAAGAUGCAGAAGGGCCGGUCGAGAUAAUUGAGAAACGCAAUGCUGGACCGCAUCCGUUUUGUAUAUCUUGAGGAAAGAUGACUCCUUCGGAGGGUUUUUGGUGGUCUUUUGGUGUACCUGACCUGAUCAGACGAUUUUUCCAUUAUGCGGUCUUUUUGUGACCUAACCUUCCGGACAGAUAAAUACAAGAUUAAAGUUCGCAAGGUAUAUUUGAAUGAUCUGGAUGUACGAGAGCAGCUUGAUAUUUUGUAGAAUUGAUCUGCAUUGUGGCUCGUCUUGUUUGGAGCAUGAAAAAUUAAACUUCAUGCAGUACAGAACGUAAGGAUUUGUAGAAAUUUUGAUGAAAACUGGGCUGUUUUCUAUAAAUAUACUGUAAACAUUUUGAAAA